AUUAUUGAACUCUAAUAAACCACACUGUCUUACUCUGUUUUGGCUUCUUCCAACUCUGUUUUUCUUCUUCAAACAUUGAACAAAAACUUAUCUUUUCUCUCUGAAAUACUGAAGCUUUAUCAAAAUGGCUUCAUCGUCUUCAUCAUUGUUAUCUCCAUCUUCAUAUACAGAGUUAAAAGAUGCUUGGCAUCCAUCAACAACAGCGAACACUACAGAAUCAAGCUACUGGUUUAAUUGGAGGGUUAUGAUCUGCUGCAUAUGGAUGGCUAUAGCGACUGUGAUCACAGCUUUUCUUAUAUUCAAAUACGAAGGUUUUCGCCGGAAACGCAGUGAAGGUGGUGACGUCGACGGAGGAGAGAAAGAGUGGUCGGGAAAUGUAUAUGAAGACGAGACAUGGAGGCCUUGUCUUCGAAAUAUUCACCCAGCUUGGCUUCUUGCUUUUAGAGUUGUUGCCUUCUUCGUUCUUCUUGUUAUGUUGAUUGUUAUUGGCCUUGUUGAUGGACCUACCAUCUUCUUCUACUACACACAGUGGACAUUUGCUCUGAUCACUCUCUAUUUCGGAUUAGGCUCUCUUCUUUCGCUCCACGGAUGUUACCAAUACAACAAAAGAGCAGCUGGUGAUAGAGUAGAUAGCAUUGAAGCCAUAGACUCAGAGAGAGCAAGAUCCAAAGGAGCUGAUAAUACUAUUCAGCAGAGCCAAUACUCUAGUAAUCCAGCUGGUUUUUGGGGAUAUGUUUUCCAGAUAAUCUUUCAGAUGAAUGCAGGUGCAGUUUUGCUCACUGACUGUGUCUUCUGGUUCAUCAUUGUUCCUUUCCUUGAGAUCCAUGAUUAUAGCCUCAAUGUUCUGGUGAUCAACAUGCACUCUCUUAACGCGAUUUUCUUGCUUGGUGAUGCUGCAUUGAAUUCUCUGAGCUUUCCAUGCUUCAGAAUUGCUUACUUCUUCUUCUGGACAAUAGCUUAUGUUAUAUUCCAAUGGGCCCUCCACUCCUUAGUCCAUAUAUGGUGGCCUUACCCAUUCCUGGACUUAUCAUCACACUAUGCUCCACUAUGGUACUUCUCAGUGGCAGUGAUGCAUUUGCCAUGCUAUGGAGCCUUUGCCUUGUUGGUGAAGCUAAAACAUCGGCUACUACAAAGAUGGUUUCCAGAGUCUUACCAGAGUCCUCGUCUUCUAGGGCUUUGUUACGUUCCUCUGUUUUUAUUCUCUGCCGCUGCCUUUGGUUAUUGUUGUGUGGGUACAAAACUCAAGUCUCUUAAACCUACGGCUCUCACUGCUGUAUAUGGUGAUGAUAUUGUCUUUAAUCAGCUUGAGCAUCUGAAUUUUCGUAUCUAUGGCGCAUAUUGGUCCAAGUUACUGUACUGGUUGCUCAUAGCUUCUCCCAAACUACGAAACUUGGAGUUCAAUGAAAUUUUUUCACGUGAUGGUGCUGUGGAUACACUGGUUCGCUGGAAACGACUGACUAGUGUUCCUCAAUGUUUGUUGUCGAGUCUCCAAACUUUCAAGUGGUCAAUUUACAAUGUCUCCGUACAAGGGAAAGAUCUGGCGACAUAUAUCUUGGAAAAGUCUUGCCAGUUAAAGAUUGCAACAAUUUCCAUUGGACAAGGGUUGAAUGAUCCACAAAAGAAGCUUGAGAUGGAGACGGAGGUGAAAUUGUUGUUCCGGGGUUCACCCACAUGCAACCUCGUAUUCGAAUGAGGAUUCGAAUCAUUAUGUUUAACAGUGAUAUAUAUAUAUAUCUUAACAAUCUUGCAAAUGACAUCUUCGGAUUUGCUCUAUUAAAGCUUUUGUUACAUU